UGUCGCGAAUGUUGGUUGUCAGGGUGGAGAUGGAUCACGCCUCUUUAGUAGAGAGAUAAACUCGCAUGAUUACUCUGCAAAACACAUUCAUGUUUACACGCUCAGACAACGACAAAAAGGGAGGAGUGCCAUCACAACGGUGCCAACAGUGGGAUGGAGUGGCGUUCACUGAUUGACUUCUCUUAAGAUCAUCUACAGGACAGGUAUGAUAGAGUAAGAAAGAGAGACAGCCGUCUGUCAGUACUGUGUUUCUUAGGAUAAAGGUAAAGAUGAAUCGUUACACCACACUCAAGCAGCUGGGUGAUGGGACCUACGGCAGCGUCCUGAUGGGGAAAAGCAACGAGUCUGGAGAACUAGUGGCCAUCAAAAGAAUGAAGAGGAAGUUCUACUCCUGGGAGGAGUGCAUGAAUCUCAGAGAGGUCAAGUCACUGAAGAAGCUGAAUCACGCUAAUGUGGUUAAGUUAAAGGAGGUGAUACGAGAGAAUGAUCAUUUGUACUUCGUCUUUGAAUAUAUGAAAGAAAACCUCUACCAGCUGAUGAAAGACAGGGAAAAUAAGAUGUUUACUGAGAAUGAAAUAAGGAACAUCAUGUUUCAAGUUAUCUCUGGUUUGGCAUUUGUACACAAGCAUGGAUUUUUUCACCGUGACAUGAAACCGGAGAAUUUGUUGUGUAUGGGUCCAGAGCUGGUGAAAAUUGCUGACUUUGGAUUGGCUCGAGAGAUCCGCUCACGGCCUCCUUACACGGACUACGUCUCUACACGAUGGUACCGUGCUCCAGAGGUGCUGUUGAGAUCGCCGGUGUACAGUUCUCCCAUAGACAUCUGGGCCUUGGGCUGCAUUAUGGCUGAACUCUACACGCUGCGUCCGCUGUUUCCUGGCAACAGUGAGGUGGACGAGAUCUUCAAGAUCUGUCAGGUUCUUGGUACAGUAAAGAAGACUGAUUGGCCGGAGGGUUAUCAACUCGCUGCUGCAAUGAAUUUCCGCUUCCCUCAGUGUGUUCCUACACCGCUGAAAACCCUGAUCCCCAAUGCCACCAAUGAGGCUAUAGACCUGAUGAGAGACCUGCUGCAGUGGGACCCAAAGAAAAGACCCUCUGCUGCAAAGGCGCUCAGAUAUCCCUACUUCCAAGUGGGACAAGUGCUGGGUCCCCAUCCCAUGACCCCUGAUGUCCGGAAGGCUCAGAUAAAGAUGGCCCAGCCCAGUGAACCCAGAUCAGAGCUGCAGUCUGUGUCAGAACCAGUGCUGUCAUCUCACACUAAAGCCCAGAGAAGAACCUCCCAUCAGCCACUGCAGCAGAUUCCUUUACCUCAGUCUCUCUGUCAGACAGAACUCUCAGCCGACCAGCUCACCCCAUACACACACAGGGUGGUUGGGGGGGAGAACAGUUUGAUUGGGCUGAAGAACGGACGGAGGAGAUGGGGACAGACCAGCAUGAAACCCUCUGACAGCUGGGAUGAGUCUGAGUGCUCUGAUACCGCAGUAUCCCUCUCGAAAAAACCCAGCAAAGGCCCUGAAGAUGAGAAAACCACUCCACAGCCCAAGGACCAGAAACCCCUUUAUACGUUUAGCACCGUAACCAAAUUACCAAACCCCAGCCGACUGAACCAGCCUGACUCUUGUCACCAGAGCACCUCCUCAGCCAGACAGCAUUACCUGCGCCAGUCCAGAUACCUGCCAGGGUUAAUAAGUAAGAACACACCGUCUGUGAGCAACAAGGAGUCAGAUAAAGAUUUAUGGGACACAUCAGCUCUCAUGACCAAACCUUUCGCUCCCAUUGGAGGAGCUCCAUUGUCCAGAAUCAGCCCAGCGGAAAGCGGCAGUAAAGCGACAGAUAAACCUAAAGAAAGGACACUAGAUAAAAGUGAACAGGUCAAAGGAAACUUUGUAACCACCACAUACAAUCUGUCUGGAGGAUACAUCCCAUCAUUCCAGAAGAAGGAAGUGGGAUCUAUAGGACAAAGGAUUCAACUUGCCCCUCUCGGAAACCAGCAUGCACUUGAUCUCUCAGCCACUGCUGACACUAAAGCUGGCAAAGUUACAGCUUCAAAAUCCAAACCCUCCUCUACUGUUUCAGUCAAUGAGAGCUCUGAAGAUUAUGAUGGAUGGAAAAGGAGAGGUGACAGAACCCAACUCAAAGGAAGCAGUUACUCAGCGCUGAGCAAAAAUUCUGCCAAUCUCCUCACUCGCGCACCACCAGUUCAGUCUGUGCACGGACGAGUCGAUUGGGCCGCAAAAUAUGGAAGUCAUCGCUAGUGCAUGUCAUGCGAGCAAGAGCUUCCUAAUAAGU